AUCACCCACCAAUCCACCAUGUGAACGCAACACAUAUACUGUCACUCACCACGCUACCCAAUAAUAAAUAUUCAUCACAAAAAAUGGGUAGAAAGUAGAAGAAAACCAUCAUAACUAACUUUACCUUGUCAAUUUGGGGUCUGCACUCAUGAAGCAGAAGAAGACGAAGAUAUCACUUCUUCAAACUCACUAUCUUCUUCUCUUCUUCACCUUCUUCCUCACCACCUCCGCUUGCUCCAAUGGCGAUUGUCAGAUACUAGACUCAUGCUCUGCACCCACCGAUUGUGCUCCUGGUCUCUAUUGUGGUAAUUGUCCUGAGUUAGGCAAAACUCAGCCCUUUUGCACCCGCGGUCAAGCUAUUAUUCCUACCGCCAUUGUUAAUGGUUUGCCGUUUAAUAAGUACACGUGGCUUGUAACUCAUAACGCGUUUUCGAUUGUGGAUGCUCCGCUCUUGACUGGUCCUCAAAGGAUCACAUUUUACAAUCAGGAAGAUUCUGUCACCAAUCAGUUAAGAAAUGGAGUUAGAGGAUUGAUGUUGGAUAUGUACGACUUUGAGAACGAUAUCUGGCUUUGUCACUCAUUCCGUGGCCAGUGUUACAACAUCACCGCCUUUCAACCUGCAAUUAACACAUUGAGGGAAGUGGAAGCAUUCUUGAGUUCAAAUCCAACUGAGAUUGUUACAAUUAUAAUCGAGGAUUACGUGCAUACGCCUAAAGGGUUGACUAACUUAUUCAUGGAUGCCGGUUUGGAUAAGUACUGGUUUCCAGUUACCCAGAUGCCUAAAAAGGGCGAGGAUUGGCCAACUGUCACCAAAAUGGCAGAGGAUAAUCAUAGGUUAUUGGUUUUCACUUCUGAUUCUUCAAAGGAAGCUACCGAAGGUAUCGCUUAUCAAUGGAGAUACAUGGUGGAAAAUGCACCGGGGGAUCCUGGAGUACAGCAAGGAUCAUGUCCAAAUAGAAAAGAAUCAAAACCGCUUACUUCGAAAACCGCGUCUCUUUUUCUUCAAAACUACUUUCCAACGAUGCCGGUACAAGCUGAAGCUUGCAAAGAGAAUUCGACUCCAUUGAUGGAUAUGGUUGCCACCUGUUACAAGGCGGCUGGGAAUACAAUGCCUAACUUCUUAGCCGUCAAUUUCUAUAUGAGAAGUGACGGUGGAGGUGCGUUUGAAGCUUUGGAUAGAAUGAAUGGCCAAACGUUAUGCGGGUGUGCUUCAGUCGCUUCGUGCCAGGCCGGGGCACCUUUUGGAACUUGCAGAAACAAUGCGGCAUCCAAUAAUUCGACUUCACCAAGGGGCCCUUCUGGAAGUUUUUCGGGAAGUGUACAAAUGACCGCAUCUGCCUCGCGAAUAGAUCUUACAAGUCUAUUAGUCAUUUAUGGAUUUUAUUUUUUGAUGCAUAUGGUUGGUAUUUUGUUUUAAAUAGAUAAUGUAUAUUUGAACCCUCACGAGCGACUUCAUUGAGGCUUGGCUAUUGUAUGUUAUAUAUUAAGUUAAAUGUAGAAUACGUAUACUUAACGCCCAGUUUACAUUGGUUUGAUUUCAAGAAUAUGACCAACUUAUGAUUCGGGUUAUAAGGUUUUUUGGGUAAAUCAAGAUGCAGCAUGUGGGAGGGGGCCCUUGUUAUCCUGUUUUCUUUUUAUGUUCACUUUUUUUUGUUUGGUUUGUUUAUUUUAAGGUGUAAUGUACGAUCUUUCUUUUUAGAAUUUGGUGAUUUAUAUAUUACUUAAA